AUGAUUCGUGGAACCACAUCGAACAGACCAUCAACGUAGUCUUUCUUAAAUGUAUUUUAAAGCGAACCAUUCAAUCUUCACGUUGAUUUUAACGAUAAGAAUGUUGAUUUGAUAACGAAAACAAAAAUCAUGUUAAAGUUUUUUGUGUUUUUUGUUAUACUUUUUCAUUUUACGCGGGCAAAUCUUGUCCACUCUAACUCAUGCUCUAGAUAUUGUAAGGAUACAAAAAAUAGUUUUAAUUAUAAAAUAGGAUACACGUACGAAUAUAAAUAUACUGGAAUAAUAAAUAGUUUAGUUUAUAAGAAUACGUCAAACGCUAAAAGCGAUGAGUUUCAAAUCGAUUUAGAAAUUGAUGUAUUAUCACCAUGCGAUUUUGAAAUGAAAAUAAUUUCAUUUCAAAGAAAAAACGAUGGAAAUAAAAUAUUUGAAGAAUCUUUAAAGAAAAAUCCUCUAAAAUUUUCAUUCCAAAAUGGUAAAAUCGUUACGGUGUGUCCAACAAUUGACGAAACAACUCCUAUUUUAAAUUUAAAAAGGGGUAUUUUAUCGUCAUUUCAAACAAGCCGAGAUAAAGGCGUUUUUUUUGAAACUGAUGUUAGCGGAAUUUGUAAAACAAAUUAUGAAAUUACCUCUGAUUUAAAUUCCAACAAAAUUGUUAAAAAAAUUAGAGACCUAACGAGUUGCAAUAAAAGAUCCAUCAAACAAUUUUCGUGGCAAUCUGAAAUUUACAACAAAAAUCAGGCAAAAUUUUCUUCGCCUCUUUUAAAAAGUACUCAAAAUUGCCAACAAAUUAUUCGAAACAAUCAAAUUUACAACGUCGAUUGUGUGGAAAAGCACCUUUUUCGACCGUUUUCUAACGAAGAAAAUGGAGCUUCAAUAAUUUUAACACAACAACUUCGAUUUAAAAAAUCUUACAAUAAACUAAACAAUCAAAGAAAACGGAUUGAAUUUUUAUACUCAUCAUUAAUUUUUGAAAAAGAAAACAAAUUAAUUAAAAACCCUUCCGGGGAUAUCGAAAAAUUUCAAGAAAUCAUGGAAGAAAUUGAUGAAAAAUUAAAAAAUGGAUUAGGAAAAGAUGUUGUUGAAUUAUUUUCAGGAUUAGUAAACCUUCUAGAAACUCCCGACCAAAAAUUUUUAAUCGAAGCUUUCGAGGAAGUAAAAGAAUCAAAAACGAAAAGAAAAUUCUUUAUUGACGCCAUCUCCGUCGUCAAAACAAUCGAAAGCGUUGAAGUGAUUAAAAAACUUAAUAAAAACCAAGAAAUUUCUCACCAAUUAGUAAACUCUUGGUUAACGAGUUUAGGAUUUAUUAAAAACCCACAAAAAGAAUUAAUUUAUUCGUUAAAAGAAUUCUUAAACGAUGAAGAAUAUUUAAUCCCAACAAAACAAACCGCUUUCUUAACAAUUUCACGACUAAUACAUCAAUAUUGCAAAGAUAAUAAUUGCGAAGACGAAUUUAAGGAAAUUUUUGAAUUAAUUUCUAAACCCAUAUCACAAAAUUGCGUCCCUGAUAGUGUAGAACACCAAGAUAAUAUUUUACUUGCUUUAAAAUCAAUAGGAAAUACUGGAAAUGAGUAUUUUUUAAGAUAUCUUCAAAAAUGUUAUAAGAACAUAAAUGUUCCGAUAGAUUUAAAAGUAGCUUCAAUUCAAGCACACCGAAGAAUAAAUUGCAAUAAAAACAAAAAUAUCGAAGAUUUCGAAGAAAUAUUUUCAAAUUUCGAAGAAAAUUCAGAAUUAAGAAUAAUAUCUUAUCUAGGAAUGAUGAGGUGUUCGUCUUAUUCAACAUUAGAAAAAAUAAAAUACGUUUUAAACGAAGAAGAAACGAAUCAAGUUGGAUCAUUCGUUUGGUCACAUUUAGUAAAUUUACAAAAAACUGAAAGUUAUUGGAAACAAAAUUUAAAGAAAUUGGUCGAAAACGACGAUUUGAAGCAUAAAUUUAGUACUGAUCCAAGAAAGUAUUCGCGAAAUUAUGAAUUUUCGACGUUUUUGGAUGAAAUUGAUACGGGGGUUGGUGUUGAAAGUAAUUUAAUUUUUAGUCAAGAUUCGUAUCUACCUAAAUCGGGGUUUUUAAAUUUUACUAUUGAUAUUUUUGGGGAAGCUAUAAAUCUGUUUGAAAUUGGUGCAAGAAUUGAAGGUUUUGAAGAGAUUGUUGAAAAUAUUUUUGGUCCAAACGGUUAUUUUCCCGAAAAAUCGAUAAAAACAUUUUUGGAAAAUCAAAGAAGCGAGCACGAAACAAAUUUAUUAAACAUCCAAAACAAUCAUCACACUUUAAAAAAAUCACCAAACGGUUUAUUUUACACAAAAAUAUUUGGAGACGAAAUAAAUUUUAAUAAAUUUCAAAAUCUCGAGGGGAUUUUUGGAAAACCAAAUGAUAUAUAUUCGUUUCUUCACGCAUUAACGAGCUUAUUAAAAGAUAUUGAGUUUUCAAAAUCAUUAAAAUUUUUGGAUUCAAAACUAGAAAUUCCUACAAUUUUAGGAUUUCCUUUAGAACUUUCAUCAAAUGGGACAGCGGUUUUAGGGUUAACAACAAGCGGAAAAAUCAAUAUUAAAGAUUUAAAAAAUUAUAAAUUUGACUUGGAAGGAAAAAUAUCACCGAGUGCUUCAGUUAAAAUUGAAGGAAACAUGAAAAUUGAUAGCUAUUUCACUAAAAUUGGUUUAAAAACAGUAUCAACUUUAAACUCGAAUGUUUUAAUCGAUGGUUUUCUCAAAAUCGAUAAAGGAAAUUUGAUCGAUGUCAAAAUAAAUGCUCCAAAAAAUCACAUCGAUUUAUUCAACAUCGAAUCAAGCAUAUUUUUAAUAAAAGGUGAUAAAAUUGAAGAAAUUGAUGAUAUAUCAAGCGAAGGGGUCGACAGAAACGAUUGUACAGGAACAAAUUUUGAAGAAAUAAUCGGUUUAAAACUGUGCCAUCAAAUCAAAUAUGUAAACGCAUCGCAGUAUAUUGACGCCCCAUAUUUCCCUUUAACCGGAAAAUUUAAAUACGCAAUAACAGCCCAAAAAAAUGAUUCAUUUAAUAGUUACAUUUUUAAAUUUACUUCUCAAAGAGAUGAUAAGCAAGGAAUUUACGGUUUUACUUUGGACUUAGACAGACCAAACUCCAAGAUUAAUCGAAAAUUAUCAAGUCAUUUUUUAUUAAACAUCCCCGAAAAAAGAAUUGGGUUAAAAAUGUUAUCGAAUAAGAUUUCGUUCGAUCUUUUAGGAUCAAUCCAACAAAAUGAUCCCAAAAAAUUAACAUUUUCUUUAAAACAUACCUACAAUAAAGAAGAAAUUUUCGACGUCGAAGCAACCCUAAAUCAUCAAGCACCGAAAUAUGAUGUUAACAUUCAUCUAAAUUACAAAAAAAAUCAAUUAUUUUUACUAAAAGGUAAUUUAAACAAAAAAUUGGACGAAUUCACAUCAUCAUUUCAAGUUAACAUUAAAAAAAAUCAUUACAUAUUCGAUUCAACGUUAAAAAUAAAAGAUAAUUCUUAUAUUUUAACAUCGAUCAUAAAAGAUGGCGAUAACACAACGAAAGGAGAUAUAAAAAUCAAUUUAAUUUACGAUAUUAAUCAUUUAUCGAUGGAUUUUAACACAAAUUAUAAAGGAGAAACAAUUUCAUUGAUUCUAAAAACUUUUAAGCAAACAACUUAUGAUAUGUUAAAACACGGAUUUUAUUUGAAACUUAAUUCGAGUAUAAAUCCCAAUUACAACGGACUAAUUAAUAUAGAAACACGAAAAGCAUAUUUCUUUUAUGACUUACAAGGAAAUGUUGAUGUUUUCGGCAAAAAAUGGAAAACCACGCAAUUUUUACAAUUUUUCAAAGAAGACGACGUCGUUGAUGCAGCAAUAAUAAGCUCAUUAAAUUGCCAAGAAAAAAAUAUCGAUUACGUUUUCGAAUUAUCCCAUUACAAAGCUAACCACAAAGAUUUAGGAAAAUUUUUGAUCCAAUUUAAUCAAAUACAAAAAUUAGAAGCUUCGUAUAAAAUUGAAGAAAAGAACCGAAACACAUAUUUAUUAAUUUUCGUUUAUUUCCCCAUCAAUACUUACACGAUUAAAUCUGAGAUUAUAAACACAAGCGAAGCAGAAUAUAAAAUAAAUUUAAUUGGCGAAAAACAAAUCAUCACCAAAGAAACGUUUUUAAUUGUAAAUGGGGUUUAUUUAAAAUCGCCGAUAAAUAACCUACAAAAUUAUUCAUUCACCGGGAAUUUUGAUUUAAAUAAUGGGAUUUUUACGACCCCAUGGAGUUUUACGUUGAAUUUUCAAACAUCCGAUGAUUUAUUAUUAACAAAUCUACACGCCCAAACCCCGAUUCAUGAAUUUUCAACCCAGUUAUUAUGGAAUCAUAAUUCGUUUAACACCAAUUUCGAAUUUAACAAAGCCAAAAAGUUUUUCACCAACAUCAAAUGGAAUCACGAAGUUCAAUUUGCAAUGGGCUUAAAUAUUUACCAAAAUUUCGAAUUAAACAUCACAUUUCAACCAAAAACAAAACUCGACGUUUUGUUUUAUUGGAACAAAGAUAGAGAUUUAAAGAAAAAACUUUAUUUAAAUUUACACAACUUCGGCGGCGGAAUUUAUUCCAUGGAAUUCGAAUACCCCAAUCAAAAAGUUACGGUUUCUUUCACGCUACAGUCAACUCAAAUAAUAUUAAACAUCACUUGGGGAUUAGAAACGUAUCAAAAAAUUUAUUUAAACGUUGGAAGUAAAGUUUAUGACCUUGGAGGAAUCUGGUAUGGAGAAUUGGAAACACCCUUUAAGUAUUUUGAGAAACAACAAUUUAAUAUCAAGUAUUUAAUUAUGCAGAAUCAUGUUGAUGUCGAGAUAAAAGUUUUUUGGCGAGAACAUCAAAUAAAUUUUAUGUUAUCUGGAUCAAGAUCGUCAAAUCAUAUAAUAGGAAAAUUAGAAAUGAAAACAACAAUGCCAGAAAUUUAUAACGUUGGUUUUGGGGUGAGUCAUGUUGUAAAUAAUAAAUUGGAAAAUAUUGAAAAAUUAGAAAAAAUUGAUAAAAUAACAAAUAUUUCAAUGAUUUAUAAUGAACAUCAAGUGAAUUGUUUUAAUAUUUGGACAAAAACCGGAAUGAAUGUCGAUGGAAAAUUCGAAUUAACGUCACCAACAAAAACAUUAAACCCAAUAAUCGGAAAUUUAGAAAUAAAAAAUAACGAAACAAACAGCCAAAUGAACAGUUUAUUAAAUUGGCAAGGACAUAAAAUUAUAAUAAACUACGAAGUUGAAAAAUCGAAAUCAUUUAUUUUGAUAAAAACGCCAUUCAAAGAUAUUCUCAUGGAAAUUGAAAUUGACAUAUUAAACAAAUUAAAUUAUUUAUUACUUCAUUGGAGUAAUGAGAACAAUAAAACUUAUAACGUUGAAUUUGAAAUCAUUUCACCUAUGACGGGUAAAUACCAAUUAUUUUUUAAACACAGCACAUAUUACGGUUAUUUAAUGGAAAAUCUUAUUAUAAAUCAUGGUAAAAAUAACAACACCAUAUUUGGUAUUCAAUUAAACGGGAAUUUAAUUUCAAUUUGGGAAGUUGAUCUUCACUGGUCAAUGAGAUUUUUAAAUCAUAACGCUACUUUAAUAAUAAAAAAUAAUUUUAAUAAUUUCAGCGAAUAUGCGUCAAAAAUGUUGGGUAUUUGGGAUAAUUUAACAAUAUCGAGUGAUUUAGAAAUUAAUUUUAAUAACAAAUCGUUUUGGAGGCUUAAAUCGAGUGCUUUAAAAAAAGAAUUUUAUUGUUUUUAUCAUAAAAACGAUGAUAUAUAUAAUUUUGGUGUUACUAUUAAUGAUAUAUUAAAUGGCGAAAUAAAAUUUAAAUUUUACGACCUACUUAAUAUCGACGUAACGUUUAAAGAUUACGAUAUCAAGUUUAAAUAUUUCUUGGUUAAUAAUUUAUAUAAAAAAAAUGAAAUAGAAAUUUUUUACCAAUUUAAUAAUUACACGAUAAAAGGCGACGUUAAAUUAGACUUAAAAUUGAACGAUUUUUUAAUAAAGGCUUAUUUUAUCGGAUCUGAUUUAGCACCCCUCGAAUUUUAUGGGGAAGGUAAUAAAGACGAAAAAAGUUUUUAUUUUAAAGUAGAAUCCGAUAUUUUAAGAGGGAGCGCUUCGUUAAAUAUGAAUCAACAAUUAUUCUCGAUGAAUUUAAGCGCUCAAUUAUUAGAAACCCAAUUGGUGUUAAAAAUAAAUGUCGAUGACGUGAUUUUUGAAAUGAUUUUUAAAUCAAAUUUUGAUAACGUCUAUUUAAACAUCGAAAAAGAUGGAUUAAUAACUUUCCGUAAAAACAACGAAACGAUUAUAUUAAACUACAAAUUAAACGAAUUAAUUUUCGAUGACGAUAAAAUCAAUUUCGACGUCAUUUUAACAUCGAGCUUAAAUCUUUUGAACAACACAAUAUUAAUUAUUAAUUUGGAUAGAAACAAAAUUUAUUUUAAAUUAAAUUUUGACGUUUACAAAGUUGAAAUCGAUUACGUUUUUAGAUUUAAUCGCGAAUUGGAUCAAUUCGAAAGCGAAAAUAAGGUGUUAAUUUUUUUGGGGGUUGCGGAUAAAAAUGUUACAAACAUUAAUUUCGAUGUUAAAACGAACUUUAAGAAUCACAAUAACGAAACUAGUUUUACGCUAAAUUUUAUCGAGAAUAAAUCUAAAUUGGAUAUUGAAUUAUUUAAGAAAAAUUGGGACGAAAUUAAAUUAAAAUGUUUUUCGGUUUUUAAUGAAAAUGUUUUCGCCGAAACGAUUUUCAGUUAUAAAGUUGUUGGAGUUAUAUUUUUUGAGAGCAAAUCGAUAUUUGGGGAUGUUAAUUUUCGUGUUGAUGUCGGUGAUUAUGAAGCGGAUGAGUCGAGGAGGGUUGUAACUAAUAUUUCGUAUAAAAAGGAUGAUGUUGAGUAUUCGGGGAAAAUGUUGACUAAAUACAAAAACAUUUUUUGGUCCGAUUCUGAGGUUGAGCUUAAAUUUAAUGAGACUUAUUUGGGUAAUUUCAAAAUUGAGUUUGAUUAUGUUAAAAAUAAUAAAAUUAAUAAUACUUUAAUGAUUUUGUUGAGAUCACCUACACAUUUAAAUAAAAUCGAUUGCGUGUUGAAUGUUGAUACAAUUAAGAAAGUUAACGGGGUGUUUGAUUUUUAUUUGGGGGUGUUUAACGCGUCGAGUAAAUUGGAGUUUGAGUAUGAUUUGGAAGUUGAUAAAAAAAUCGGGGUUAAUUAUGACUCGGAUGUUGUUAAAUUACAAUUAGGGGUGAAUAAAGGCGAUGUUAAAAUUAAAUUGGAUUUGCCGAACAACGAAAAAUUUUUUUACGUGAACGGCCAAAAUGUUUUUAAUGAUAACGAGGUUGUGUUGAAUUAUUACGUUAAAUAUUCAACGAGUGUGUUAAAUUUCAACGUUUUUUACAUCAACAAAAAUUACACUCAAAGUAAAUUAGAAAUGAGCUCUAACAUUAAAGGUUAUGAGCGAGUUAUUUUCGAGAACCGCAUUGACGAUAACAAAAUAAGAAUAUUUAUGUACAGCAAAUUACACAAGUUGUCUUUGAUCGCCGAUAAAACGGCUUUAUCGCAAGAUAAAGAAUUGUUUAGUAUUUAUUACAACGGCGACCCAAUCGUCGUAAUAAGAUCAGAUAACGACCAAAGUUAUUUAAUGACGUCGUCUAAAUACAUCAAUUAUAAGCUAACAAUUAAUUACGUGCAUCAACCCGCCAUAUACACAUUUUCGAUAUUAAAAAACGGCGAAAAUUUGAUUUCCUUUAUGCUGUUAAACACCACAUCGACGAAUCUAAUCGGGUUUAAAGGAAAAUUGGCAGCCCCGAUUUUAUUCAAAAAUUACCCCGAAAUUCUUUUUAAUCUCAACAUUAAUCAGGACGUUUCGAAAUUAUUCCACAUCCACAUAUCAAGCGAAAACAAGAAUUUAUUCGAAAUUAAAUGGACCUCGAAGCUAGAAAACGGCCUUUACCAAGCUUAUUUUAAAUACGCCUCCGAUAUUUCCCUAGGAAAAUUAAAACGAUUCGAGAUACAACCCUCAUUAAACAUGUGGAACGAUUUAAGCAUCAAAAUUAAUUAUCACGAUAAUAACAAAUAUUUCAUCGAACUCGUGAUCCCCAUCAAAACGUUGGACACGAAAUUUUUGAUUGAAUACCCCUGCUUAGAUUAUCAAUGCAAAUAUUAUUUUUAUAUAAAUAGGACGCUUAUUGACAUAGAUUGGGAGGGGUUCAACAAACUAAAAUUAUUAAUUAAUUUAGAAAAUAAACAGAUAUUGUUCGAAAAUAACGAUAAUUAUUUAAAAGGGGGGUUUAUAUACAACGAAACAGAAACUAUAUUAAUAUAUAUAAAAUCGAAUUUAAUCCAAAACGAACAAAAAUUUUUUUAUAAAAACAAAAUCGACGAAAAAACGUUAAAAAUUAAUCUAAAUUCAUCCCAAUACUUAAUUGAAUACAAAUUAGACGCAGACUCCAACAAAAAUUUUAACUUAAACUUUAACGAGAUGAUCAAUUUAACCGGAUUCGUUUCCAACGAUUUUAUUAAUUUCGUUUUAAACAAUACGGUCACUUUAACCAAUUUAACUUUUACGUACAUCGACGAAAACAUUUAUUUUAACAUUAAAAACGAAUUUAUUCCCAACACGCCGAGUGCCCGCGAUUAUUCAAACGAUUUAUUUUAUUAUUUAUUCGAAUUCUCGAAAAUCAUUAACAUCCCAAUUUUAGAAAAAGAAAUUAUUUUCGAAAGCAACAACUUCAACGACUCCAAAUUAAUAAUAAAAAAUAAAAACGACACCGAUGAAUACAUCAUUAAAAAAACACAAAGUAAUUUAUUAAUAUUUAAUAAAAAUUUAAAUAUUUCUUUUGCGUUCGAUGACUCAAAGGGGUAUUUCCGCCAAUUAAUCGUGAAGAAUUUUAAUGGGGCGUUAAAUUUAACUUUGGGCGUAAAAAAUGAUUUGGUUGAAUCGAAAUUAUUAAUCGAUGAUUUAUUGGGGUUAAAAUUAAAUUUUCAGUUUGAUUUAAAAAAAAGUAAUAAGCUUUUUUACCAAAUUUAUUUAAUUUAUCACUUUGAAAACACAAAUUUUAAUUUAUCCCUAAAUGUUUCAUCGCACAAAAACGACGUCUCAAUAAACAUGAAAUCAUCAUUCCCGGGAUACCACGAAAUAUCUUUCGAGGGAAAAAUGAUUCCCAUCAAUUCAACUUACCAACUUGAUAUGGUGUCUAAUAACAAAAACAUAACGCUUAAUUUAUUAUUAGACGCCGAUUUUAACCCGAAAAACAUCAAAAUCGAUUUUGAUACAAACAAAUCCGCCGAAAUUUACAUCGAUUUAUAUCGCGAAUCUUAUUUUAAAACGAACGAUUUAUUCAUCCAAUACAACAUAAAUAAUAAGUACCUCUUUAAAUUAAUUUAUUCCGAAAUCAUAUUCGAAUUUAUCCACGAAAAUAACGAAGGGGAAUUAUUCAUCGAAUUACCCCAAAAAUCACAAAAAUUAGAAUUAUCAUACAAAUUAUGGGACCAUUUCAAAUUAAACAACCCCCAAAACAUAUCAAUAUACUUAUCAAAAAAUCAAAUUAACAUCAUAAAAAACGAAAUUGAAAUAACAUACAUAAACAAUUUCACCACUUUUUGUUUAAAAUAUAAAAAUAAAAAUUUAUUAUACCUCUUAGAAUUAUUCAAAAACACAAAAAAUUUUAAUUUCCAAUUUAACGAUUACUCCAAAAUCGUGUAUAACCUCAACAAUGACCACAAAUUAUUAAUUUUUAAUUUUAAAAAUUUGAUCGAUUCAAAAUUUAAUUCGUCGAAAACAUUAAUCGAGUUCAAAGCGAUCAUACCGAAAUUAAACGACGUUAUUUUACACGGGAAACUAAAUCGAUCGAAAUUAUUCGCCGAAACGAUUUUUAAAUACCAACAAAACAACGAAAGCUUAAUCGCGUUUAAUGAAUACCACGAUAGCACCAAAAUGGGCAUCGUUUUUAAUCUACACCAUCUUUACAUCAAAUUAAACCACGAGUAUCAAAAUUCAAAAAUCACUUUUCACCUUAAAAAUAAUUUUAACGAAAUCGUUUACGAAUUUUCUGAUUUAACCAAUUUAAACUUCACCAUUAAAAAUAUUAACAUAAUUAAUAACGGAUUUAGCAUAUCAACAUCGAUUCAUUUAUUGCCUUUAAACGUUACAUUUCAAAUUUAUUCUUUCAACAAUUUAUUUACCAAAUUUAUUUGUUACGCUAAUAAAAAUUCGUUUUAUUUGAAUUUUAUCGCCCCGCAAAAUCAAAUAUUAAAUUUAAUUCAAUUCGAAACGAUUUGGGGGCACCAAAUAUUCAAAACGUUAAAUAAAAUUCAAAUUGAAUCGAAACAAAUCGGGAAUGUAUCAAUAAUCGGUAAUUUUGAUCUCAAAAAAGACGGCUUGGACAUCGAAACCCACCUAAAAAUACCAUUUUUGGAUCAUUUUAACGAAUUGGACGGCGAGGUUCAUAUCCACAAAAAUUUAGCACCUUUUUGCAACUUUUACAUUAAUUUACCCAAUAAAAUUAAUUACUCGGUUAAAGCUAUUUAUUUAAACGAUUUAAACACCUUCACGAUUAACGUCGAUUUUAACCAAAUUUAUUCGGGGAAAAUUGAUUACAAAAAAAAUAAUUCUUUUAUUUAUUUUAAUGUUAUAACCCCAUUCGAGGGUUAUAAAAAUUAUAGCGUCGAGUUUAAUAAAUACGAUAAAUCAAAAUUAGUAAUUUUGAAUUUAAACGAACGAAUUUAUUGUUUAAAUGUUUUAAAUAAUAUUAAUAUUUUUAGUGUUAAUUUAAAAACGCCGUUUAAAAACUACGAAAAUUACUUAUUUAGUACCGAAAUUGAUGGAAAUAAUUUUAGUGUGUUCGUUUUUUACCCCGGGGUAAAACGGGCGGUUGGAUUUGGGGUUAAUUAUGUUUUUGAUUUAAAUCAGCUCGGUUUUGGGGUUAAAAUAUCGUUGCCUUAUAAAAUAAAUAAUUUCGAGUAUUCUUCUUUGGCAAUAAAAAUAAUUAAAACAGAAAAUAAUUUUAACAUCUCAACUCUGUCAGAAUUAAACGACCGAUUUUUAGAAUUAAAUUUGUUAAUUAAUUCGCAAUUUUAUUCGAGGAUAAAAACGAAUAAUCACUCAAUUAUUUACCAAUUAAAUAAAAACGAUUUAGAAAAUUAUCUUAUUUACGAUAACAAAUCGAUUUAUCACUUUAAUUUUAAUAAGGAUGUAAUUAAAUUUGAAUUUUUUGAUUGUUACGGUUUUCACUUCAUAACAAACGGCUCGAAUUCGAUUAAUUUCCAAGUUGGGUUUUAUUUGCCGCAAAAAAAAAUCGUUUUGGCUCAAAAUUAUUUCAAAAAUUCGACUUAUUUCGUAUACGACGGAAAUUUAUUAUUAAACGACCAAAAAUUGUAUCAAAUUCAAACUGAUUUAACCCAAAAAAAAGGAUUCGAUUUCGAUUUCAACCUCAACCUCAACUCGAAUUUCUCGAAAUUGCGCUACAACGUCGUUUUGAAUAAGCGCCACGUGGAGUCAAAGUUUUUCAUCAACGGAUUAACCCACGAUAUAAUAUUCCGGAUCGAUUUCUCAAAAUUAGAAAUUCCCUUCAUUUUCGUGUUAGAAUUAGAAUAUUCCGGCGAUAAAGACAAAAUGGUGCACUUAGAGAUAUUUUACAAUAAAACUUAUAUUGAUAACGAGACGAUCGAUGAACGAAGGUUGAUUUUGAGGCACCCCCAUUCGAGAUUAGACCACGCGUUUAUUUCAAAAACGAUCACCUCGAACGAAUACAUCAAAAUCAACGCGAUCAUCGAGUACAAAAAUUUCGCCGAAGACACACCCGAUUACAUGAAGAUAUCUUUCGAUAUAGGCCGAAAAGAGUUCGAGAUAACCACCAAAGUCGAGUCAAAAAAAAAUUCGCUUUUUAUAUUCGGAAAAUCGCUAACUGAAGUUUAUUCGAAGGGGUUACAAAUAAAUUUUAAAAUCAACAACAAAGAACCUUUAAAUUUAAACUACCUCUACGUAUUCAAAGAGGAUUCCCCUUCGUUUCAAUUCCUCAUCGGAUACGGAGAGCGAUUUUACCAACUUUUCAUGGGAAUCCCAAACAACAAAGAAAUAAGAGCCGAAUUAAUCCACAACGUUUACGGGAAAGAAACAAUAGACGGCCUAAUCAUUUUAAAACUAAAUACAACCUCCCUACUUUGGACCAAAAUCAUUUGGAACUUUAACGUUCACCACGAAUUCGACAAAAUAAUCGUCGAUGAAUACAAAGACUUAAAAUACAUCAUCCAAACAAUCGGGAAACAAUUAAUCGACAUUCUAAACGACGAAACGGGCAAAAUCAUUCUAAACGAAUACAAAGCAAUUAAAAAAAAUAUCAAGUUCAAAAUCAACUUUCCCAAAAAAUUCGAAAAAAUUCAAAAAGCACUCGAAUCCAUCAAUUUAAUCCACAUAAAUGAAAUUAACAUAAAAAAAAUAAAAGAAAUCGGAAAAAAUUUGUUGAAUAAAAGCCUCGAAGACGUUAAAUUAAGCCUAAACGAUAUGAAGAAAUUAACGAAAUCGCUUUCGAACGAUUUUAUUAAUUAUUUAACAAAAAUAAAACGUUCCUUCUUAACGAUUUUUCAGCCACUUAUCAAUUUAAUAAACGAAUCUUCGAUUUAUUUCGAGCAACAAAAAACUUACAUAAACGUUAUUUUUGUUGAGACGAUAUUUUCAAUCGAAAUGUACGUUUACCAACUUCGCGAAGUAAAUGAAAUGAUUUCGGUUUUUGUCAAAUUAAAAUCUUGGGUCUCGUCGAUAAAUUACAUCGAGUUUUUUAACCCGCUUUGGGACGUGUUAGAAAUAACAAUAAAUAUUUUUGUAACAAAUUUAAACCAAUUCAUUGAUGAGUACAUUCCGUUUAGUCGCGAAUUAAAAUCGUAUUUGCAAAUGAUAACCCCCAAAAUCCGAGAGAUCAAGGAGUUUAUUGAUGCGAGUUGUCAAAAAAUAAUUUGGUUUUGGAAUUAUUACGACGUAUCAGGAAAUAUUAAGAGUUAUGUUUGGAUGAGGACUUCGUAUUAUUCGCAAUUGUUUAUCCAUAACACGUUUGGGAGCACCAAAGAAGGAUUUGGAAUUUUCGAUUAUAUUUAUCAACCCGAAAAUGGGAUGUUGGAGAUAACUCAACGAUUACCGGUUGAGUGGGAGUCGUUUGAUAAAUCCCCGCAGUUUGAGCAACACCCGCUUUAUAACCACAUUUAUAAAAAAAUUAGCUUGUUAACUUUGGACCAAUUAGAACACGUCUUAUCAAAAAUCCAAAUUUUGAUUUACACCAUUUUGCACACAACAAUUAAGCCCCCCAUUAAUAAUUACGCAAUGCUCAUCGCCGACAACCACUUUAUAACAUUCAACAACAAACACUUCCAUUUAAAUCCCUCAAAAUCAAACUGCAGCUAUUUAUUAAUAAACAACUUUGACACAAACUCAUUUUCUGUUAUAUUGAACUCAAAAAAUGUUAAUUCAACAUUAAGCAUAACAACGCACAACAACUCAAUAACUUUCAACACAUUCAAAGAAGAACCCAUUUUAUUUAACUCAAACCCGGUUGAAUUCCCAUUAAUCAAAAACGACUUUUACAUCCAACGCGAAGAAGAAAACAUUAUAUUCGAAAACAAUCAAGGUUUAUUUAUUAACUGCAACAUGCACCACCAUUAUUGCACCUUCAAAGUUUCUGAGUGGCUUUUUGGAAAAAUUAAUGGAAUGCUAGGAACGAUGGAUAACGAGCAAAACACCGAUAUCAGAAAACCAAACGGCUCCUCAAUCAUCGACAUCGACGAUUUCGCCCAAAGCUGGAGAGUCGAACAAUGUUUAAGCGACAAAAUAAAAAUUAAUAACACCAAAAUACCCACGUUCGUUAAUAACGCAAUGAACUUAAUUUGUUCGUUAACAUUCUCAACGAGCAACUCAACUUUAUCAUCGUGUUUCCCAAUAAUCGACCCAAAACCGUUCUAUGAAAUGUGCCUAAAAAGAAUUCGAAUUAACUCCAACUCAGUUUGUUCUUCAAUUGCUGUUUAUAAACAAUUAUGUAAUUAUAAACACAUUCAAGUUAAAAUGCCUCAUUUUUGUGCAAAUUGCAACUUAAAUAACAACGAACAAAUUUUUGAUGGACAUAACCCAAAAACAACAGACAUCGUUUUCAUCCAAGAAGAAAAUUGCCGAGCAAACACGCAAGAAUUAACAAAAACUUUAAAUCAAGCUUUAAUUAAAAAAGGAUUUUCACAAAAUAGAUUCGCCUUCGUUGUUUAUAAAAAGAAAUCUUUCAUAGAAACUGUUCAAGGAAAAAUAUGGAUUAAUGACACGAAUUUAAUUCAAAAUCAAUCGAUUAAAUUAAUAAAUCAAGAAAAUCAACAAAAUCAAGAAUUUUUAUCAAAACUAGAAGAAACUCUAAGAUAUUCAUCAAAAUUAGAAUUUCGUUUAGCAGUAAAAAAGCUUUUUAUAUUAAUCCAAUGUGAAUCUUGUUCCGAAAUUUCUCACUCCCAAGAAUUAUUUAAUCUGUUGGGUGAAAAAGAUAUAAUUCUCCACAUUGUAAAACCCCAUCCGUUUGAAAAUCAAAAUUACCUCGCUUUCGAUUCACAAAAAUCCCGCAUAGACAACCACGGAGUCUUAAAGGAAAUCGAAUCCAACGAAAAAAUGAUCGAUUCUUUGAAAGAUAUGUGUUGCGGAUUAGCUUUAUCCACCUCCGGCACCGUUUCUAAAGCAGUUUUGUUGGAAAAAUACCAAGAGAAAUGGGCGGAACUUGUUGCUGGGACGCUUCGAGAAAGUUCUUGUCAAAAAUGUAGAUGUAUUCAAAAAGGAAAUGGAGUUGGGAAAAUCGAUUGUAAUCGCUGUAUGUCUCCAUUGGUCAAACAAUUAUUAAAUGAAUAUGAGUCGCAGCAUGUUAGAUUGUAAUGAUUUAAUGAUGUAUUAUUUAAUUUAAGAUUGUAUAAAUUAUGUUUAAACAAAAAUAAAAAGUAGUUAAUAUCAUAA